AUAAAUAAAUAGAUGAUGUGUUUGAGAGAGACUCUCAGAAGCUGUUGAAUUCAAUUUAUGCUGUUGUAACUCCGGAAAAGGAAGCCUUUUAAUCUGACAGCUAUAUCUCUGCGGUGAAUUGAUUAACCUCUCUCCAGGUUCCCGGUUGUUUGAAAGAGGAACCCAGUGCCGACAGAGGGUGGGGGAACAUGUUGUGUUGGGGGGACUUGGUCUCGGAGACCGGGCAGAAAGACGCCUCACAGACACGGCAAGUUCUCAAAGGGCAGAGAGUUCAGCAUGUUUGCAGCCGGGAUGGAUUCACUGUGUUUGUGUUGGAAAACGGAACCGUUUAUACCAGGGUCUGUGGAAGGAAGAAGCAAACAAAGCCUGGACAGUUUAUUCACCUCAAGGAGCAGAAAAUCCACUUUGUGGAUAAUGGAGCAUCCGACAUCCUGUUCCUUUCUGAAGCAGGAACUGUUUUUCACAGUGAAGUUAAAUCAAAGGAAACUGCAGCUAAAACAAAAGAGUUCUCCAUAAUGAAACCACAGUUACUUAAGAGUUUGAGUGACAGAAAAAUAAUUCAAGUUGCCUGUGGAAGCAAUCACUCACUGGCACUGUCCAAAGAUGGCAAACUCUUUACCUGGGGACAGAACACUUAUGGCCAGCUCGGCCUUGGUACAAAAGGUGGCUCCGAGCACAGCCCUCAGUGUGUGACAUCUCUCACUGGGAUGCCAGUGGCUCAGAUCACUGCAGGAGGAGAACACAGCUUCGCCCUGUCUCUCUCGGGAGCCGUGUUCGGUUGGGGAAGAAACAAUCACGGGCAGCUGGGGCUCAAGGACACAGAAGAUAGAGAUAAGCCCAACUAUGUGAAGCUGUUAGAGUGUAAGAAGACCAUCCAUAUCUCUUGUGGAGAAGAGCACACGGUUGUUCUGACAAAGGAUGGGCUUGUUUUCACCUUUGGGGCCGGGAGUUAUGGGCAACUUGGACACAACUCUAGAGAGGAUGAGAUCAAACCUCGUCUAGUCGGCUACCUGUUUGGAAAUAAAGUCUCUCAGAUAGCAUGUGGGAGCUAUCACACACUUGUCUUCGUUCCAUCGUCUGGUAAGAUUUAUUCCUUUGGUCGUGGCGAAAAUGGGCAGUUGGGAAACAGAGAGACCAGCGAUCAGUUAGUGCCUCUUCCUGUCAACAUAAUGGACACAUCUGACAAUAAUGGAAUGGAAAAUGGCCAUGCAACCAAACCAGCUGUGAGAAGAAUUUUUGCAGGAGGAAACCAAAGUUUUGCAGAGCGUGGUGAAGAAGUGGAUUUGGUGCCCUCUGUUGACCAAUCGUUGCUCAAUACUUUGAAGAGAAUCAUGACAGCGGACAGUUUACUGGAGAAGGAAAUAUGCAAAAAGACAAGAAGGGAAAUCAUUCGGGCAUUUUCUUCUUCUCAAGCUCUGUGUGGAAGUUUCCUGGAUGUCAGCAAGGAUGGCCAUUUCAAAACAAGUGGAGAGAUGUCUGGUCUAGAUACGUCCGCAAUAUAUCUGGGCUUCGUGAAAUUGGCUAAAGAUCCCUCAAUAUUGGAAAAGGUGAAGAAUGCAGUACAGAAUUACCUGAUCCCAUUAUUGCCUCGAUCUCCGGCUUGUGUGGAAGCAAUGCGAGUUUACAUUAUUCUACCAGAACUCAUCGCUGUGCUGAAAGAGCCAAGGGACACAACAAUGCUGAUGGACUCUUUAACCAAAGCCAUUCUCUCACUUGAAGAAAGUUAUUUUAAAACUCUUGAAUGUUGGUGGUGUACGAUGCCUUAUUAUUUCUUCAUGCGCCUUGUGAGGAUGUAUCAAAAAGAAUCAAAGCAACUUCUUCAUAUCGUUAUGGCGGACACUUCAAAGGACAACUCCCAACUGCAUGAUUCACUAAAAAUUUUACAAACGCUGUACAAGGUAAACUUAAGCAGAGAAGAAAAGAUCCUAGAGAAAAAUUUCUGCAUUCCUGUAAUGAAAAUUUUUAACAUCUGUUUAAUGGCAUGUGCUGAGAAAUUGUUUCCCGCCUACGCCCAAAGUAUCAUUAACGAGCUAAUGAAUGGCUAUCCCAUUCCAGAAUUUCAGAUUCAGUCUUACUUCUCAGUACUUUGCACGAUAUCACAGCAAUUAAUUCCAUAUCCUUGCAUCUUUGAUUUGGACACAAAGCUAGAAGCAUUGAAUCUGAAAGCCCAGCUGAAUCAAGAACAGAGUCUACAACCAGUUCUUAGGCUGUCUGUUUCAAGGCAUACCGUUCUUCAGAACGCACUGCAAGGUUUAAGAUUGACCAGAUCGGCAGGUUACUUCGCUACUCUUCUGGUCCAAUUUAACGGCGAACGGUGUGUUGGCCAUGGAGUAACGCAGGAAUUCUUCACCUUCUUCAGUCAGGAACUGCGUAGCAAUGGACGGAUAUUUCAGUACUGCAAACAUACUGGGCUGCAUUGGUUCCCUGAGAGGGAACCAGAAGUGGGUGAUGUGUUUCACCUGAUGGGAAUUCUCUGUGGACUUGCUGUAUCCAAUGGUUUCAUUUGCAAUUUUCACUUCCCGUUGGCUUUGUACAAGAAGCUGCUCCACGUGCAGCCAACACUGGAAGAUCUGAAGGAACUCUCACCAACAGAAGGAAACUCGCUCCAGGAUGUUCUAGACUACGAGCACGAUGACACUGAAGACAGGUUUUGUCUGGAUUUUACUAUAUCCAAAAUAGCAGCUGAUGGGAGCAGAGUGAAAGUGGAACUCAUUCCUGAUGGUAGCAAAAUCCCUGUUCAAAAGCAUAAUAGGAAGCAGUUUGUUGAUGCUUAUGUGGAUUACAAACUUAAUACAUCUGUGAAGAAACAAUUUGAAGAGUUGUCACAAGGUUUCAGGAGCCGUUUGUCAAUGCCAUUUGUGGAUGUAUUCCAUCCUGAAGAACUGAGGGAUGUUAUCCAGGGAAACACCAAUUAUCAGUGGGAGCUGCUGGAACAGAAUGCAAAUUACAGUGGAUAUACACCGGCUGACAUGACGGUCAGGAAUUUUUGGGAAGUCUUUAGAAACUUGACAGCAAAGAAGAAAAGGCGGUUCCUUGCCUUUCUGUCAGGAAGUGAAAGGAUCCCAGCAGGAGGGAUUCAGAGUUUCAGAAUUACAAUCCAUAACUCCAGGGGCCGUGAACCAGAUUCCUCAUAUCCUCGUGCCUACACCUGUACCAGGACCCUGGACCUCCCCAACUACAGCAGCAUUGAAAUUUUGAGAGAGAAGUUAGUCCAUGCGAUUAAAUUCAGUGAAGAAUUCAAUGCACAACCACCGUAAUAUUUGCAGCUAGAGAAUGUAUUUAAUCUGAGAAAGGUUGGUGAUUGACUAAAACAAUCUGAGCAAUUAAAAAUAAAUUGCAUUAGAGCAUUUGUUUCAAUGCAACACAGAAAACA